AUGCAUAAUUACUACUCCCCUGUCAACAAGGCCCUAGCUACUCAGCCCUACAUCACGGUCCGGUUCAACGGGUCACUCUGGUAUGAGACCCCCUUCAAAGGUCCUCCUACCCCAGCCGUUGAAGAAGCCUGGCACUCAAUUAUGCAAUACGGCAUGAUCUCUGUCUCCGCUUCAGACUAUGAGAAAGUCAAUCACUCAACCCGUACCGCAGUCCAGUUUCCUGAAGAAGCUGGAGGUGGAUACAUGGUAACGACAGUCGGAACACAUCAACUUCAUUGUCUACAUUUCCUCUGGCAAGACCACCAUCGUACUUACUUCCCAGACGUUUUACGCAAGGUCCAAGAUGUCCCAGAGCUAUAUGAGCGACAUUUUGAGCAUUGUGUGGACUACAUCAGGCAGAGUAUUAUGUGUAACUUCGACACAGGUUUGGUGACAUAUGAUUGGGUCCUGGAGCAUCAAAAUCCGACUCCCAAUUCUAAUGCUAUGCACAAAUGUGUGAAUUGGGAUGCGGCGCAAGAGUGGUUGCGAGACCGAGCAGUUGAAAUCCCGGAUGGUUUCAAAUGGAAGCAGCCUGAGGGACAGGAAAGUCUACCAUGGAAUCCUUGA